GGCAACCGGCCCGAAAAAGAGUUGGUUUGACCGAAAAAGCGAAGGACGGCACUAUGUGGCGCGAAGAAAAGCUGGGGACCCGUCUCCGUUUCACCCCGAUGGCACCUUACGCUGCAGCCGGUGAGCCCACAUCUAGGGUUAGGAGACGCAUCACCACCCGACUGCAAAGCUUCCUGUGUCUUGUGACCUCCGACAUGCUUGAGAGCAUUAGAGAGGCAACAGUGGCACACGGACAAAUGGAGAAGCCUGAAUGGUUCAUUGCCCUAUCUGAACUGAUGGCUUUCAUAGCGGUUAUCAUUCUUCGGGGGGUCAUCAAACUUCCAGCUGUCCCUGACUAUUGGUCAGGGACCUUGGGGCACAAACAGAUUACUGACAUCAUGCCACGGGACCGCUUUGUGGACAUCAUGCGUCACUUGCGGUUUGACGACAAGUCCACCCGCAGCGAGCGUGUAAAAACCGACAGGUUUGCUGCUAUUUCUGAACUGUGGGGAGCCUUUGCCUGCAACUGCAUCACGUCAUACACUCCAGGGCGACACAUCACAGUUGACGAGCAGCUCUUCCCGACGAAGACCCGCUGCCCGUUCCUGCAGUAUAUCGCAUCUAAGCCAGACAAGUUUGGCAUCAAAUUUUGGGUGGCCUGCGACUUGCAAACCAAGUACAUUUGCAAUGUCAUGCCAUACCUCGGAAAGGACCCCAGUCGCCCCACGGGAGAGCGACUGGCAGAGAAUGUGGUGAUGCGGCUGGUGGAACCCUUCCUGGACAAGGGCAGGAAUAUCGCAACGGACAAUUUCUUCACAUCGCUAAAGCUUGCACAAAGACUUGAGACCCGGAAAACCACAAUCUUGGGCACAAUCAGCAAGAUCCGUCGUGAGCUCCCGCCAUCCGCCAGGGAGACGGAGCGCCAGCUGUUCGCCACCCAGGUGUAUUCGACCACCGGUGCCACGCUGACGGUAUACCAAGCAAAAGCGAAAAAGGCAGUGAACCUAUUGAGCACAAUGCAUAUCAUGGUCGACACUGAAAGCACCGGAAAGAAAAAGCCCAGCACGGUCCUCCAGUACAACACUGCAAAGUGUGGCGUGGACAUCGUGGACCACAUGGUGCGUGAAUACACUGUGCGCAAGGGAACACGGCGCUGGCCAGUCGCCGUGUUCUACAACAUGAUUGACAUGGCAGCGCUGAAUGCACAUGUGCUCUAUCAAGCCUGCACGGGUACGAAGGAGAGACGGGUGGACUUCUUGGCAGAGCUUGCGAUGGAGUUGGCACACUCCUAUGUCGCUGGGAAAAAGGCUCUGAGAGAGGAACUGCUACGAAAAGAACCUGCCACGCCUAGCCCUGGAAAAAGAUCUGUGUGCCAAAUAAAACAUCGCUGUAAAGAGAACCGCACGAUCAAGCGAUGUGCUGGCUGCUACAAAUACACAUGUGGACAGUGUAUCAAGCAAAGACCAUGGACAUGCCACUUCUGUGACUAGUGACUGCAACGCAAAGCAGACAAAAAACGAACAAUGUGUCAUUGUUUUACACUUACCCACUUGGUUGUAAUUGGUUGUAAUUUUUGGUGACAGCGCAAACCAUGUGUGAACUGUGUGAACUUUUUUUUAUGAAGCCUCGCCACAUUUGAGAAAAAUCUAAAACUGUCUUCUAUCAUUGGAGGUGAUCUUUGUAUAUUUUUAACAUGGGAAUAAUUCUGCGAUAACUUUUUAUGUGUAAAUAAACGGAAUAUAAAACGGAAAUGCUUUCACGAGUUUUUUGUUUAUAUUAUUUUUGCACAUUUGUUCAAACUAUAUGGCUGUACUUUUGUUCUUCUGUUUUUUUUUUUUGUAAUUUUUGGUGACAAUAACUUUGACAAACAUUCUUUUGUAAAUAAAAAAAUGUUUUCCCUGUUCAAAGCUGGGGAAAAACACGAUACUGAUUCUGAAAGCGGCUGAUCAACUUCGUAGGAACACAUUUCAUUUCAUAUGGUAGAGGUGAAAGGGAGACUAACAACCCAACGCAGCCGAGGCUGUAGCAGCAGAGAAACGCAGAUCUUUGUGCUGCGUGUUGAUGCGUGUUUCCCAUCCCCCAGUGUCACCGCUCUGGGACGUGGAUGGCCACGCCCACUUUCAUUCACCAGACGGACAUGAAAGAGGGAAUAACGAAAUAAACAGCUGGUUAACUUUGUAGGAACACGGCUGUAGCUCUGCAAUGACUUUAUGUGGUACAGGUGAAAGAAGUAAUAACGAAAUAAACGGAAUAUAAAACGGAAACGCUCUCAAGCGUUUUCUGUUUAUAUUUUUUAUUGCACAUGUGUUAAAAUUUGAUGGAUGUACUGUUAUCCUUUCUGUAAUUUUUGGUGACGUUACAGUGCAAACUAUAUUUGAACUAGUUUUUUUUUUUUAGUAAAUAAACAGAACUUCGCCACAUCUGAGAAGGAUCUAAAACUGUCUUGUUGUAUUGUUGAUGUCUCUUAUUGCUUUUUGCUCCUAUUGCACAUCCUUUCAUGUUGUAAAUCCAAGCACAUAGCUGUGGAACAUUGUAACAGUGGAUGUCACUCAUAGACUCAUAGGAACUGUGCAGCCUUGCAGACAGGAGCAGGGUCAGCAAGCCCACGCAACCCACCACCUAGAGUGCGUCACUGAUGGCCCUCUUUACCUAACAAAGGCAGCUGUUCACAGAUGAUUCAGGGUCUCAGCUAGCCGAGCAGAUCAUUUGACCACCUUCUAGUAGGAAUGGGUAUAUUUAGAAAACCCAGUAGUUCUAGUGUUAAAUCAGGUUAAAUCAGGUUUUAAUAGUUUAGAUCACGUUAGAUUAGUUUAGGUCAGUUUCUUAGUCAGUUUCUGUCCUGUAGCAGUGACCACAGUAAAUACAGAACAGACCACAGGAUGUAAUUGUGACAGAAUGCAAGAGUAAGUGUCUGUUUCACAUGACUGGUCUUUGUACAUUUGGUGCUUUCCUUUUUUAUAAGUUUUUCUAAAUUAUUUGUGACAAUAUGUUGCACAGGCUGUUUGGCACCUUAAUUUCAUUGCACAUUGUUGUAAUGACA